UUCUCCCGUUUGAGAUUAAUCUCGUUUUUAUAAUGGCCACAAUGUCCGGAGGAACAAACCUCGGAAUGCCCGGGGCAGGUCAGGCUAGCUCCACAACGGCCGCACACAGAAAAAAAGAUAGCAGUCCAUCCGCAAGGUUCUGGGAGAGUCCGGACACUUUAGCCCAGCUGGAGGUGGUGCGACAGUGGAUCGGGAAGCACUACAAAAAGUACGUGUUGGUGGAUGCUCCAUCAUGCCAGGCUCUUGCUGCAGUGACCCUCCAGCUCUUACAGUUUCAAGAGGAUGCUUUUGGUAGACAGGCUACUAAUCCUGCUCUCACCAAACUUCCCGCCCAGUGCUUCCUUGACCUGCGGGGAGGGGGGGGACUCUGUCACAUCCUUGGCACUGCCUAUAAAUUCAAGGCUGAGCAAGGCUGGCGACGUUUUGAUCUACAGAAUCCAUCAAGAACUGAAAGAAAUGUGGAAAUGUUUAGCACUAUAGAAAGAGCACUGAUUCAGAACAAUUGUAUGUCAUUGCCUGUUGUAUAUCUGGACCCUACAUUGGAUCAGGAACUGGCUAGCAGGCUGAGUGGUAUAGUCACAAAACAUCAGGGAACACUUACUGAUGACCGAAUACUUGCUAGUCAUCACAUUUACCCCUCACCUGCUUCUACUGAAGAAGAUGAAUGGAUGCGUCCUGUGAUGCGGAAAGACAAGCAUGUCUUGGUACACUGGGGCAUGCACCCUGACAGUUAUGAUAGCUGGUUGUCCUCAAGUGACGUUGAAGGAGAAGUUGAAGAACUUCUACAUCCAGAGAGACCCUGGAGGGUUCAUGCUGGUUGGGUUCUGGACACAGACACUUUCAAUGAAUGGAUGAAUGAGGAGGAUUAUUGUGUGGAUGAGAGGAAUGUUCCCGUUAUCCUCCGCCAGCGUAUUCACCUCAGAGAUGACCAGGACUCAAAAUCCACCCCCUCCAAAAAGAGAAGACGUUCCCCCUCUCCUCCCUCAUCUGAAGGCAGAAAGAAAGGGAAAAAAGGACGAAGACGUGGACCGCAGGAUGAAGAACCAGAGGAGGAUUUAACCAAAGACAUGGAGGAUCCUACUCCUGUCCCUAACAUGGAGGAAGUCAUACUACCCAAAAAUGUCAACUUAAAGAAGGAUAGUGAAAAUACUCCUGUCAAAGGAGGGACCAUGGCUGACUUGGAUGAACAGGAGGAUGAUUUCCCUGGAAGGGAGGAUGAAGAAGGCAGAGCAGAUGUACCUCGCCUGUCAGAAGGAGAGGACAGCAUCACAGAGCAAACACACCACAUCAUUAUACCAAGCUACACAUCUUGGUUCAAUAACAACAGUAUUCACUCAAUAGAGAAACGUGCAUUGCCAGAAUUCUUUAAUGGAAAAAACAAGUCCAAGUCUCCAGAAAUCUACCUGGCAUACCGGAACUUUAUGAUCGACACAUACCGGCUCAACCCCCAGGAGUACCUCAGCUCAACCUCCUGCAGACGCAACCUCACUGGAGAUGUUUGUGCUGUCAUGAGGGUUCAUGCAUUUUUGGAGCAGUGGGGUUUGAUUAACUACCAGGUGGAUGCUGAGAGCAGGCCCCUUCCCAUGGGGCCCCCACCUACACCUCAUUUUAACGUACUGGCUGACACACCAUCUGGGCUGGCCCCACUACAACACAAACCUUUGCAGGUGUCAGCCUCGCAACACAUGUUAUUUUUCCCUGAAAAGAGCAGAGAGAAGCCUUCAGACUGCCAGAAUUUUGGUCUGCGCACUGAUAUCUACGCCAAGAAACACCCAAAGACUAAGGGAGCAAGUGCAGGAAGGGAAUGGACAGAGCAAGAGACACUUUUGUUAUUAGAGGCAUUAGAGGUCUACAGAGAUGACUGGAACAAGGUGUCGGAGCAUGUCGGCUCCAGGACGCAGGAUGACUGCAUCCUCCACUUCCUUCGUUUGCCUAUUGAAGACCCUUACCUGGAAGACUCCUCUGCCUCUCUUGGCCCGCUGGCGUACCAGCCUGUGCCUUUCAGCCAAUCAGAAAAUCCCGUCAUGAGCACUGUGGCCUUCUUGGCAUCUGUGGUGGACCCACGGGUGGCUUCAGCGGCAGCUAAAGCCGCACUUGAGGAGUUUUCCAAAGUACAGGAGGAGUCUAUGGACAAAAUCUCUGAAAUAUCCAACCAGCCUGAAAAGACCGAAUCAAUGGAUGCAGACAAAAUGGACACAAACUCCACUUCCCAUCAGGUCCCUGUCAGGACAGAAGGGCAGAUGGAAACCAGUGGCGCAAAAGUGGAGGGAGAACGAGCCGAAAGGGAAAAUGUAGACAGCAUACUUGUCGAAGAGAGAGAUGGAAGAGGAGAUGAUGAAGAGAGUUUAGGGCGGCGGGAGGGAGAAGGUGAUGAGGGCAAGACAGUGAUGGAGCAAGAUCUGGUGGAGAGCAGCGUUUCCACGGCGGCAGCAGCAGCUCUGGCCUCAGCUGCCACCAAGGCCAAGCACUUGGCAGCUGUAGAAGAGCGAAAGAUCAAAUCACUGGUGGCUCUGCUGGUGGAGACCCAGAUGAAAAAGCUGGAGAUCAAGCUGAGACAUUUCGAGGAGCUAGAGACCAUCAUGGACCGCGAGAAAGAGGCUCUGGAACAGCAGCGGCAGCAGCUUUUGACCGAGAGACAGACUUUUCACAGCGAGCAGCUGAAGCAGGCAGAGCUAAAAGUCCGCCAGCAGAGGGAGCAGCAGGGGCAGCCUGGUUACACAAUGCAGCACUCAGACGUGCCUUCUUCUUUAGGCCAGUCCAUGGCAAACCGGAUGAUACCUGGUGGGGGAGGAGCACAGACGAUGGCCCCCCGUCACCCUGGAGCUCCUAACGGCAUGUACCCGUCGUCACAGCCUGAUGGGAUCGCAGCAGCACAGUCUGGUCCUUCAGCAUCCAGCCACAGCUGAACUGCACUUGAACCACCCCCUCCUAUAAUCAGGACAUUAAAUGGAAACCUGACACAGAUGGGGAAAAAAAAACCUCUUACUCUUCUUUCAAUUUCAGUAACAUACAUGUACGUUCAGACUGAUAAGACAGACUGAAAGAUACACAA